AUGAAGGUCUUUGAUGAGUAUCGCCAAUAUCUGAACCAUACCCCUCGACUUGUAGCACUGAGAGAUGCAGUAUAUGCCUUACCUCAAUUCUGGAAACUCUUAAUAGAGUUUGACCCUACCUUGUCCCCGGUUCCUGGGUCCAAGUAUCUAUCUGAAUUAGAGCGGUGGCUUCAAGACGGCACUCCACUGGUCCACACACACAGCAAAGCGCCCAAUCAUUAUAGCCUUCCGAUCACAUUCUUAUCACAUAUCAUUCAGUACAGUCGCUACCUAGAUCGGCUUGGCGUCGACUCCCACUCAAAGGUCAUCAACGAGGUGAAGGAAGGUGGUAUUCAAGGUCAGUGCGCUGGUUUUAUCAGCGCCAUUACGGUGGCUCUAUGUAGCGACGAUACUAGCCUUGGUAAAAUUGCCGCUAUUGGUCUCCGUCUGGCUGUGUGCAUCGGAGCCUAUGUCGACCAAGACAGCACAUAUUCUUCUGAGGCUACAGAUUUCAUAGCGGUUGCUAUUCGAUGGCGUGGAAACAAUCCCGAUGACAGGACAGGAAUCACUACGAUUCUACGGUCCAUCCCUGAUGCAUACAUUUCCAGCGUCAACGAUGAUACAAGUGUGACAGUCAUUACCAAAAGCAGUGAUUUACCAACCUUGGAAGAUGAGGCCUGUAAGCAUAACUUGCGAGUCAAGCCGAUUCCUGUGUAUGGUCGUUUUCACCACCAAAAGCACUCACAUGUAGUUGACAAGUUUACGGACUCUGUACUAUUUUCUUUGGGGCUGCAGUUUCCUAAAAUCAACCAACUCCAAACACCAGUUCGUGACACAGCUACUGGUCAUAUUAUCUCUACAAGUUCAUUGUCUCGACUUGCCUUAUUGAAUACCUUGGUCAAUGCCAUGGACUGGUACGGAACAGUACGAUCUUCCGUGGAGCAGCUUUCCAAGCCCACCUGCAAGAUUGCCGUCGCUGGGUUUAUUCCAUGUGUACCGCAAGCGAUCACUCGGAACCAGAAUAUCAAAGUCUUUGCUUUGUCUAGUGACUAUGCUGCAUACAUUUCUUUGAUGGAUGCUUCUGUUGAUAGCCAAAAGAACGAUAGUGGCCCAGAUAUCAUUAGGGCCCAUGCCGUGGAAAGCAAAGAUGAAUUAUCCAAAUAUCCAGAGCACUCAAUCGCCAUAGUCGGUGUGGCAGGACGCUUCCCAGGAGCUGAGUCAGUGGAUGAGCUUUGGGAAUUGCUUAAAGACGGCCGGACGAUGGUAGAGCCUGCGCCAAUCGAUCGUUUCAAGCUUCCUCAAACCGGAGCCUAUGCCGAUAAAAAGUGGUGGGGAAACUUUCUGAAAGACUCGGAUGCCUUUGACCAUAAGUUUUUUGGAAAGUCAUCUCGUGAAGCUGUUGCAUGGGACCCCCAACAGCGAAUUCUACUUGAGGUCGUGUACGAGGCAUUGGAAUCAGCGGGCUAUUUCGGUGCCUCAAAUCCACAACCCUCUGAUUACGGCUGCUACAUUGGAGCUGUUAUGAGCAAUUGGUACGAUAACAUGUCGUGCUACCCUGCGUCUGCAUACGGAACGGUUGGUGUUUCUCGUUGCUUCCAUAGCGGCCAAAUGAGUCACUACUUUGGGUGGACUGGUCCAUCAUUGUCCAUUGAUACAGCUUGCUCUUCGUCUCUCGUCGCUAUUCAUACAGCCUGUAAAGCAAUAUGGUCUGGUGAAUGUUCUCGGGCAGUCGCUGGAGGAACAAAUGUAUUUGCUAGUCCUUUCGACUAUCUGAACCUCGCCGCUGCUGGCUUCCUGAGCCCCUCUGGGCAGUGUAAGCCGUUCGAUGCGAAUGCAGACGGCUACUGCCGUGGUGAGGCUGUAUCAGUCAUUGUGCUGAAGCGUCUAUCGGAUGCUAUUGCUGAUAAUGAUCAUAUUCAUGGCGUAAUCGUUGGAUCUGCUCUCAACCAGAAUCAUAAUUUUGGUGCUAUAACUGCACCUAAUUCUGAUUCGCAGAUUGAUCUCUACAAGAAGGUUGUUGAACUUAGUCAACUGAAGGCUGAAGAGGUUACAUAUGUGGAAGCCCAUGGAACUGGAACUGGCGUUGGUGACCCCAUUGAGGUCCGAAGCAUCCUUGAGACCUUUGGUGGUCCCCAGAGAGAUUCUCUUCUCCAUUUUGGCUCUAUCAAAGGCAAUAUUGGACAUACCGAGGCGACUGCGGGAAUCUCUGGUCUCGUGAAGGUUUUACUAAUGAUGAAGCAUCAUAUGAUUACGACACAAGCGAGUCAUACAACUCUCAACCCAAAAAUCCCCAAUUUCGAACGCGAUCAGAUGUGUAUUUCCCGCGAGAAUAUACCUUGGAAGGCUUCAAACCUUGUGGCAUGUGUUAACAGUUAUGGUGCAGCCGGCAGUAAUUCGGCUCUUAUUGUUCGUGAAGGCCCUUCGAUCAAAUCUGAGAAUGCUCGAGUGAAGCUUUCAAAAUAUCCUCUGUUCCUUUCGGCUGGAUCUUUGAACACUCUUUCGCAGUACAGCAAGAAGCUGCUGGACUGGCUAAGUGUAGUGAAGCCUGACGCUCAUUCCAACUUUCUAUCGUCGCUGAGCUUUAAUCUUGCAGACAGAGGUAAUCAUCAGCUAUCUCAUGUCCUGUCAGUAACCUUCAGUACUGUGCAAGAUCUCAAGACAAAACUGGAGGCAGCGGUAUCUGGUUCAGACCUAGCCACCGUGUCACUGAAGAACAGGAAGCCUAUAGUGCUGGUUUUUGGAGGACAAGAAAGUGAUUUCAUUGAUCUCUCAAAAGAGGUUUAUGAAGCAUCUGCAGUAUUCCGAAAGCAUCUUGAUGCGGUCAACAGUCUUUUGCUUUCUGCCGGCCUUGAUAGUUUCUACCCAAGCAUAUUUGAUAGAUCUCCAUCCCAAGACCUGGUGAUGCUUCACUCGGCACUUUUCGCGAUUCAGUAUGCAUCAGCGAAGACGUGGAUAGAUUGCGGAUUAGAAGUAAGCGCAGUUGUUGGCCACAGCUUCGGGCAGCUUACUGCAUUGUGUAUAUCUGGCGUGCUAUCGCUGCCCGAUGCACUGAAAAUGGUUUCCGGAAGAGCGUCACUCAUGCAGAAGCACUGGGGCCCUGAACCUGGAUCUAUGCUAUUUUUGCAAGCUAACAGAGCUACUGUUGAGAAACUUCUUCAAUCUCUAACCAAUGAUCCCGAGAAUCUCUAUGCAGAAAUUGCUUGUUACAAUGGCCCCGAGAGUCAUGUUGUUGUGGGUUCUGAAAGAGCUAUUGAGUUUCUUCAAAAGCUUAUUUCGAACCCAUCAGAAUUCCGACAUAUACGCACUAAGAAGCUUAAUGUCACUCAUGGUUUUCAUUCGCGAUAUACCGAGUCAAUGUUGCCUCAUAUCGAAUCUUUGGCUAUGGAACUGGAAUGGAGAAUUCCAAAGAUCCACCUCGAGACCACCGAUGAACUCGAGAGCAACGCGAAGCCUGACUUCAGUAUAGUUUCAAAGCACACAAGGCAACCGGUAUACUUCCAACAAGCCAUUACAAGGCUCACUGCCAAGUUUUCUGAGUGCACAUGGAUCGAGGCUGGUCGUGGAUCUUCAGUAAUUCAACUCGUAAAGAAUUCUGUGCCAAAAUCGGGAGCGAAUGCUUUCUAUUCCCCUCAACUGAGUUCGGCAAAUGGGCAAGAGUCUCUCACUGAUAUUACUGCAGAUCUCUGGAGAAAUGGCUAUUCAACACAAUUCUGGUCAUUUCACAGAAUUCAAAAAGCAGAAUAUGAGUUUUUAAGCCUACCCCCCAUUCAGUUCGAGAAGACACGACACUGGCUUGAAUUCAAAGGCAGAGAGCUCGAAUCGAAACCCGCUACCGAAGAGCUUGAGAAAGUGGUGGAGCAAAAGCGUGAGCUCCUCACUUUCCGCGACUUCAAGACUAAAGCAAAGAAUGAUGCAGUUUUUCAAAUCGACCCUCAUGCAGAUCGCUUCAAGUGCAUGUUAGGAGGACACGUCAUGGCUGGACAGCCUCUUUGUCCUGCAUCUUUGUAUUUUGAAGUCGUGACUCGUGCAGCUCUAUAUCUUCAGAACGAUACAGAGGCAAAAACAUUUGUUCCAGAUAUGGAUGACUUGGUCAUGAAGUCGCCAAUCGGACAAAGCACAACGAAGACGAUAUUGCUUACAUUAACAAAAGCCAGCGACUUGCCACCUUCUUGGACCUUCUCUAUAACAACCGUGGAGACAAAGGUUCCUCAGUCAGAGCCAUUUGAGCAUUCCACUGGGAAAGUAUCUCUGAAGCGGCGAGAUGAUGCGAACGCCAGUCGAGAAUUCAGACGAUAUGAGAGCUUAUCUGGGUUAAGCCGCUAUCAAGACAUAAUUCGCCAUAGCGAUGCCGAAAAGAUGAAAGGCAGCCACAUCUAUCGUGCCUUCAACAAUGUUGUAUAUUACGGCAAGCCAUUCCAUGGUAUCAAGGAAAUAGCUAGCGUUGGUCUAGAAUCUGCUGGUAUCGUCAAAAUAACACCAGCGUUGGAGGAUCCAGCCGACCAGCGUCUCACUGAUACACCGAUGACCGAUAGUUUCAUGCAAUUUGCUGGAUUUCUCGUAAACUACUUCAACAAUCCAAGUUUUGAAGAUGUGUAUGUGUGCAUGCACAUCGAGCAUAUCGAAAUCGGUGGUGGCUUUGACCCCGAUGCUGGAGAGUGGUUCGUUCAUGCGGUCAUGACUGAAGUCAGCCCGACAGAAUCUAGUGCAGACGCAUACGUCUUUGACUCUAGAACGAACAAGAUGGUCAUGGGUGUAUUUGGCCUGCGAUUUUCUAAGAUGGCACAGUCUUCACUCGUUAGAAUUUUGAAGAGUGUCAACAAGACUGUAACAGACAACAAAGCGCCAGUAAAGGCUACGGUGAGAACUACUAUUACUGCUCCAACAGUUCCGAAUACCCAACCUCAUCCCAAUCAAGUGCCACCAGCGCCACCGUCAGUCAAAAAAUCUGCUGGCAAGCGUGAGGAGCUUUUUCAGCUGUUAUCCAAGAUUACAGAUGUCCCACGCGAAGAAUUGAAGGACACUACAACUUUAGACGACAUUGGCAUCGAUUCGCUCAUGGCGACUGAGGUCCUCAACGAAAUUCGGGCAACUCUAGGUCUUACCAUUGAUUUAUCUAGCUUUUUGUUCUUCCCUAGUCUCUGUGAUCUCACAGGAUAUGUUAACGAAAAGCUAGGCAUCAGUGAAGCUAUCGAGGAGGAGGUUGUCUCCCCUCUAGCCUCCGUGGCUCCAAAAAUGUCUAUCUCAACUGCUGCCGUUACAACUGAUUCUGCGGCUACUGUCCGUGCAGUAAAAGCAUCUAUUGGAAAGCGUCAAGAAGUGUUUCAACUCUUAUCUGAUGUUACCGAUUUCCCUCUUGAGGCACUGACGGAUGAUACGACCUUAGAGACAAUCGGAGUCGAUUCUUUAAUGGCUACUGAGAUUCUGAAUGAAUUUCAAGCAAACUUUGGUAUUACCAUUGACCUCUCGACGUUCUUAUUCUUCGGAUGUCUUGGGGAACUUGUCGAUCAUGUCAAUGCCAAGAUGGGCCUCACCGGUGUAGACGAUGAUGGUACAUCGCCCAGUACACCAACUUCGAGUAGGGACUCUAUUAGUCAGUCCACAGGCACUAAUACACCAGACAUUAGCUACACCUCGAGUCCCUCAGAGGGAGAGGCGAAGGUUGAAGAGAUAAUAUUGCCGGACAUGCGACCUUCUGUGACUUCGGCACUGGAAGCAUUCGAGCAGACACGCUUCAAUUACGAUAGGAUUGCGGAAAGUACUCAGGCUGCCGGAUUCUGGGAAACUACUUACCCAUAUCAGAAACAACUUGUUCUUGCUUACAUUGCGGAGGCAUUCGCUGAGCUAGACUGUGACUUGAGGAAGGUGCCAGCCGGUGAUGUGGUUCCCCAAAUCAAAGCCCUACACAGACACAAAAGGCUCGUGCACCACCUCUAUCACAUACUGGAAGACGGAGACCUGAUUACUUCCUCCAAGGACAAUAAAAGCUUUGUCCGUACCAGUGUUCCAGUCGAUCCAACACCGGCCGAGGCCAUCUACAAGCGUAUCAUUGACUUAUUUCCGCAGCAUGCUAGUGUCCAUAAGUUGACACACGCCAUUGGAUGUGAAUUGGCUAGAUGCUUGAGAGGUGCUGCAGAUGGAAUGCAGAUAAUAUUCGGAAACCGUGACACCAAGAAGACACUAGAAGAAUUCUACGAAUUCUGGCCAUUAUUGCGCACACCCACCACUGUCUUGGGCGACUUCUUGGCUAAGGCAUUCAGUAGCAAAGUGAACGGUAAGAGGAAAUUUCGCAUCCUCGAGCUUGGUGCUGGAACAGGCGGUACAACUCGAUAUAUCGUGAAUUUCUUGAAACAGCGUGGUAUCGACUUCGAAUAUGUCUUCACUGACUUGAGUACUUCGCUGGUCAAUGCUGCGGCCAAGCAGAUGCGAGGCACUAGAGAGUUGUCUUUUGAUAUUUUGGACAUCGAGAAACCUCCAAAGACCGAGUAUGAGGCUUCAUUUCAUUGCAUUAUUGCGUCCAACAUUGUCCAUGCCACUAGAAGCCUGGAUGUUUCCCUCAAAAAUGCUCGAAGAAUGUUGCGUGAUGACGGAUUCUUGACGCUUGUCGAGUUUACUCAAGACAUGUUCUGGCUCGAUAUUGUAUUUGGUCAAUUUGAGGGAUGGUGGUUGUUUGAUGAUGGCCGCGAGCACGCAUUGGGUGACGAAAAGCAAUGGGAGCGCAAGAUGAAAGCCGCGGGCUUCAGCGAAGUAUCUUGGAGCGAAGGCACCGCACCAGAGGCAAAGACAGCGCGAGUUAUUGCUGCAUUUGCAACCGAGCCACGCCCGGCUCCUCACCCGGCGACAGUGAGAGGCGCAAUGGAAACGGUCGUUUACAAACAGAUUGGAGACCUGAAGAUUCAUGCUGAUGUGUACUAUCCAAGCGAAAGGGAAUCACUCCCUAAUAAGAAGAUGCCAAUCGCUUUGAUGAUUCAUGGGGGAAGCCAUAUGUUGUUCAGCAGAAAGGAUGUAAGACCUGCACAAACACGACUUUUGCUCGGAAAGGGUUUCUUGCCGGUCAGUCUGGAUUAUAGAUUGUGUCCAGAAGUGUCACUCACCAAUGGUCCCAUGGUGGACGUUUGUGACGCACUGGCCUGGGCUCGCAAGGACUUACCUAAUCUCAAAUUACGACGCUCUGGGCUUCAGAUUGACGGUGAAAAAGUUGUGGUGGUCGGUUGGUCCUCAGGAGGACAAUUGGCCAUGUCAUUGGCCUGGACAGCACCAGAAGCUGGUCUACGGCCUCCUGAAUCGAUUCUAGCAUUCUAUGCCCCCACAAAUUACGAGGAUCCGUGGUGGAAGAACCCGAUAUACCCCAUUGGUGCUCCCUACAAGGGUCAGCAAUAUAAUGUACUUGAAGGUGUCAACGACGAGCCUGUCACAAACUACGAUAUGGUGGGAGCAUGGGAGGAGCCUCUUGCGGAUCCACGCAGCAUCCAUGAUGCUCGCACUCGACUUGUGUUGCACAUUAAUUGGAAAGCUCAAACACUUCCAGUCAUCCUUAAUGGUUUACCAAGCAAGCGGAAGGCAGCAACUGAGUUUCCGGACGUUAAGAACUGGGACACGCUUCCACAGCCAUCUCUUGACCUCAUCAGAGUAGCAAGUCCAUAUGCUCAUAUUGCUCAAGGCGACUACAAUGUGCCGACAUUUUUUAUUCACGGCACAGCAGAUGAUUUAAUCCCCUGGCAACAGAGCCAAGGUACAUAUCAUAAAUUGGUAGAUAAGGGUAUCGAUGCUGGGCUAGUCCUUCUUCAGGAUGGUCCACAUAUCUGUGACUUGAGUAGUGACCCGAAUUCGGAUGGCUGGAAGGCGGUUCUAAAGGCCUACGAAUUCUUGUGUUCGUAUGCCUCUUAA